AUGUUGAGCAGGACCACAUCCCAGAAACUAUUUCGCGCCAUCUUUGUGGGGGUAGCUACCUGUUUAGGAGUUGCGACGUUACUGGAACUUCGAACAACGAACUCUUUCGGCGAUUGUGAUCAUGGCCUUGCUGUUGCCGGGAAGCAAGUCAACUGGUCGCGAUUUGCAUACAUCCAAUAUGCCACCGACCGGUCUUAUUUAUGCAACUCGGUCAUGCUGUUUGAGACCCUCCACCGGCUUAAAAGCAAAGCUGAUCGCAUGUUGAUGUACCCCUCCGAGUGGUCUGUAUCUGAGGAUGGUGAUUCGAGUGAGAGCCGCAUGCUUCGCUAUGCACGAGACCAUUACGGAGUUAAGCUCAAGCCAAUCGAGAUACAGAUGAGGCCUGGGAGUGAUGUGGGAUGGUCAAAGAGCUACACAAAACUACUUGUGUUUAACCUAACGGAAUAUGACCGGGUCCUUCACUUGGAUUCAGACGCAACCGUUCUGCAGACCAUGGACGAGUUAUUCCUAGCGCCGUCCAGCCCCGUUGCCAUGCCCUCGGCCUACUGGAAAAAUCCGAUAAAGGGUAUUUUCACCUCUGCGGUCAUGCUCGUCGAACCGUCUACAGCUGCCUUCAAUCGCACGAUGGAUUCAAUUUCCAGUGCCAACUCUAGCAACUUUGAUAUGGAGAUUAUGAACAACUUGUACAAGGAUACUGCACUCACUAUACCGCAUCGGCCGUAUAUUCUUCUGGCUGGGGAAUUCCGCUCCAAGAAACACCGGGCAUAUCUAGGGAAUUCAAGAGAAAAAUGGGAUGCCGAGAAUAUCUUCAAAGAGGUUAAAUAUUUGCAUUUCUCCGACUGGCCUGUGCCUAAGCCAUGGAUUAAAGCUCUCCCAGGUUUGAUUGAAGAAUCACAGCCUCCCUGCGAGUUGAAUCCGGCAACUGGUUAUGAAGAUGACUGUCGCGUCAAAAACCUUUGGUUGGGAAUUUACGAGGACUUCAGGAUCAGACGAGAGAAUAUAUGUGACACUGCUGCAAGAUAUGGUAGCUACCAUAGAGGACUCUUGUAG